UGGUUCCGGGGCCGGCUGGGAGGCCUGGAUUUGAAACCGCUGGCGGGAAGAUGGCGGCCACCGCGCCCGAAUACGGGAGCGGUCAGCUUCUUUUCCUGCAGCCGGCACGGAGCUGACGAGGAGCCGGGACGAUGAAGCUCACGAGUCGGAGUGGGAAGCGGCGGCGCUCGUCGUCGCCCGGCUCGGACUCUUUCUUGGGACGUGGUAGCAGCAGCGGCGGCAGGAGAAGGGACAGAGGAAGCGAAGGUGUUGGGGUCAGUCCGCGGGAACCCGUGGUGCCCGUGCUGAGCCCGCCCCCAGGCCUGGCGAGUAGCCUGCGGAGGAGAAGCCUCGGCUCGCCAGGCCCAUGCAAGCAAGUGGUGAUUCCUGAUAACCAAACAGACAAAUUACUCCUGGCAAGCUGGGGGCUUCCCAAAGCAGUUCUGGAGAAAUAUCAAAGUUUUGGUGUAGUUCAGAUGUUUGAAUGGCAAGCAGAAUGUCUCUUGCUUGGGCAGGUCCUGGAAGGAAGGAACUUAGUCUAUUCAGCUCCAACAAGUGCUGGAAAGACCCUUGUUGCUGAAUUACUGAUUCUGAAGAGGGUUUUGGAAAUUCGUAAGAAAGCUUUAUUCAUUCUGCCAUUUGUUUCAGUGGCUAAAGAGAAAAAAUAUUACCUUCAGAACCUGUUUCAGGAAGUAGGAUUGCUGGUGGAAGGCUACAUGGGCAGCUGCUCCCCAGCUGUCCGUUUUUCUGCUUUGGAUAUUGCUGUCUGCACAAUUGAGAGAGCCAAUGGUCUGGUCAAUCGCUUAAUAGAGGAAAAUAAGAUGGACUUGUUAGGAAUGGUGGUUGUAGAUGAAUUGCAUAUGCUGGGAGACUCUCAUCGUGGAUAUCUACUAGAACUUUUGUUGACUAAGGUUCGAUAUGUGUCUCAGAGAGCAGCAACGAGCAUAGAAAAUUUGACCAGUGACUUUUCUAAUGAAAUUCAGAUAAUUGGCAUGAGUGCAACGCUCCCUAAUCUUGACCUUAUAGCUUCCUGGUUAAAUGCUGAACUUUAUCACACCGACUUUCGGCCAGUACCACUUUUGGAGUCAUUAAAAAUUGGUAGCUCAAUAUAUGACUCAUCCAUGAAGCUUGUGAGGGAAUUCCAACCCAUGCUUCAAGUGAAGGGAGAUGAGGACCAUAUAGUUAGCUUAUGCUAUGAAAUCAUUCGUGAUGGCUAUUCAGUCUUAAUUUUCUGUCCAUCAAAGAGUUGGUGUGAGAAGCUGGCGAAUAUCAUAGCGCAUGAGUUUUAUGAUCUACAGCAUCAAGCAGAAGGAUUGGUAAAGCCACCUGAACUUCACCCAGUUACAUUGGACCGAAAGGGACUCCUGGAAGUGAUGGAUCAGUUAAAACGCUUGCCUUCUGGACUGGACUCUGUACUGCAACAAACUGUACCGUGGGGCGUGGCAUUUCAUCAUGCAGGUCUCACUUUUGAGGAGAGGGAUAUUAUUGAAGGAGCAUUUCGUCAAGGCCUCAUUCGUGUUUUAGCAGCAACAUCUACACUUUCUUCUGGAGUGAAUUUGCCUGCCCGCCGUGUGAUUAUUCGGACUCCUGUGUUUAAUGGAAAAUGUCUUGAUAUUCUCACUUAUAAGCAGAUGGUUGGAAGGGCAGGAAGGAAAGGUGUUGACACAGUAGGUGAGAGUAUCUUAGUCUGCAAGAAGUCAGAGAAAUCAAAAGGCAUUGGUCUCCUUCAGGGGUCACUCAAACCUGUGUGCAGCAGCCUGCAAAGAAGAGAGGAAGGGGAGAUGACUGCCAGUAUGAUACGAGCUAUCCUGGAGAUAAUAGUUGGUGGAGUUGCCAAUACACCAAAAGAUGUACAGAAUUAUGCUUCUUGUACUUUUUUGGCUGCGAGUCUGAGAAUGGAAAACCAGAAAAGUGUGAAAGGGGAAAAGCAGAAAACCCAACAGGAAGAGCGUGGAGCAAUUGAAGACUGUGUGAUGUGGCUACUAGAGAAUGAAUUCAUUCAGAUUUCAGAAGCUAAUGUUGAAAUAAAAGAAAAAGUAUAUCAUCCUACCCACCUUGGUUCAGCCACUCUUUCUUCAUCUCUUUCUCCAUCUGAGGCCCUGGAUAUAUUUGCCGACCUUCAGAGAGCUAUGAAAAGCUUUGUUUUAGAGAAUGACCUGCAUAUUGUCUAUUUGGUUACUCCUUUGUAUGAAGAUUGGACAGCUAUUGAUUGGUACCGCUUUUUCUGUCUAUGGGAGAAAUUGCCCAUCUCCCUGAAGAGGGUGGCAGAACUAGUGGGAAUUGAAGAAGGUUUCUUGGCCCGUUCUGUAAAAGGAAGAAUCAUAGCCAAAACUGAGAAACAGCACCGACAAAUGGCCAUCCAUAAAAGAUUUUUCACUAGCCUUGUACUAUUAGAUUUAAUCAGUGAAGUUCCCUUGAAGGAUAUUAUUCAGAAAUAUGGUUGUAAUCGUGGACAGAUUCAGUCUUUACAACAAUCAGCUGCAACUUAUGCAGGGAUGAUAACCGUGUUUUCUAAUCGUCUUGGCUGGCACAACAUGGAACAACUGCUUUCUCAAUUUCAGAAACGUCUUACAUUCGGUGUCCAGAGGGAGCUGUGUGACUUAGUUCGGGUGUCUUUACUGAAUGCACAGAGGGCCAGAGCUCUUUAUACUGCUGGCUUUUUAACAGUGGCUGAUCUUGCCCGAGGAAGUAUUGCUGAGGUGGAAGCUGUUCUGAAAAAUUCUUUACCAUUCAGAAGUGUCCGCAAGGCAGUAGAUGAAGAAGAGGAAGCAGCGGAGGAACGUCGGAAUAUUCAAACUAUCUGGAUAGCUGGGAGAAAGGGUUUAACUGAAAGGGAAGCAGCAGUUCUUAUUGUGAAGGAAGCCAAAAUGAUUUUGCAGCAGGAGUUAGCAGAAAUGGGAGUGCAGUGGAAUCCAGACUCUUUUUUAAACUCUGAAACCUGUUCAUCAAGCAGCAGUGAAUCAGAAGUGGAGGACCUAAAAUCUAGGCAUCAUGCCAAAAGCUUAUUUAAAAGACCCAAAGUAUUAAAAAGAGAAACCAGAAUUCCUUUUGGUGAGUCUCUUACUAAGAAUACACCCAAUACCGUACAAAAUUCUUAUACGGACAAAAUGCCUGCGGACACUUCAAAUUACACCCUACAAGAUGGAAAUCAAGAACAUCAGUUACAUGUUGAAAUGAAAAGUGAUGAGUUUAUUCCUAGAGCAAAAAGAUUCCCAUUUUUGGAUACAAGUAAAGAUAAGAUUGUCACUACUGCGAAUAAAAGAAAGACAGGCAUUGAGAAAAUUCCUAAAACAUUCUCUGAUGAAAAAAGGAAAAGAUCAACUUUAAAUUUCUGUUCCAAAAAACUGUUCAAAACACCUCAGUAUCAGAAUCAAAGCAAGCAUGAAAACCAAUCUGAAGUUAGAUGCAAUGUCAAAGACUCUAGGACACACAGAAUUGGUUCACCAAAUAUUACUAUGUUCAGCUUUGGUACUGUUAAAGAUUUACUCACUUCAGAUGAAAAGAGUACAGAAUUUCAAAAUCCAGGGUCUUCUGCUCAAAAUGACUCUUUGGGCAGUAACGUCAAAUAUUUCAAACACAAAACACCACACCUUCCACGAACAGAGGAAAGUUGUUCAAGGAACAAAAUAACCAAAGACUCUAUUUUAGAAGAUUUCAUCAGAGAAUCUCAAACAGAAGAUAAUUCUGGCCAAGCCCCAGGAUCUGGGAAUAAUGUAGUGGGGGAAGCCAAGCCAAACAUAGAAAUAACGACUGUUUUGAUGGAUAAUAAUCAUAUGAAAAAUCAGAGAGUUUAUAGGGAGCACAUCAAUGCCAAUCCAAUUAUAAAUUGCCCUGAAAAGAGACCGGUUGCAUAUACAAAAGUCUGUGUCAAAGAGGAAGUGUUGUUAGGCAGAGAACCACACAGGGAAACAGGUUCCAGUUUUACAAACACAGAUAAAAAUGUUGCUGUUAGCAAAUGGGAAGGUGGAGAGUCUACUGCUGAUGAAAAUAACCCCAGACAUUUUCAGCCACCAGAAAACAACAUAAGCAGACCCAAGGUGGCCAAUGGAAUAUCAUUACAAGGUGGAGCUGUGGAUAAAGGAGACUUGGAUGAAAAUGAUCCAAAGGCCUCUGGAGUGAAAAAAAAAGCAGGUGCUUAUGUUGCAAGUGAAACUAAAAAUAAUCAGUCUUCUGACUUAGGCUUAGGCCUUAGGGACUUUGAUGAUAGUUUCCACCUGGAUACUGAGACGGAGAAAAUAAUACAACAGAUGGCAGCUGAAACUGCAAAACAAGAAGGAGCAAAGGACAUAAACCUAGCAACAAUGUUGACCCAGAAGAGCUCAAGAAGACAAGGCUCUGUUAGCAUUUCACAAAAUGAAAAUAGUAUUUAUGUCAAUCAAGGAUCAACCGUAGGAAUGAGAAAAAUGGAUCACUCAAGUCUUAAGAUUGUAGAUACUGAGAAACUCCUGACUCUAGAAAGCCCUCCAAUGAAACUGCGAGAAAAUUACUUUUCUUUUAAAGGGAAUGAAAAUUCUAUCACUGACUCCCAAUUAAAUAGUUUUCUUCAGGGUUAUCAAACACAAGAUUCAGGAAUCAGCAUUUCCCCAGGAUUUCAAAAGAGAGCUUCAGCUGGCAGAGAGGCAAAUUGCCCACCCAUUUUUGAAACAAGUUUGAAUAUGAGUGAUAGUUUGCUCUUUGAUAGUUUUAACGAAGAUUUAGAAAAAGAUGAAGUAAGGGAGCAACAGCCAGACCCACAAAAGAGUGUGCCUCCUUCUGAAAUUACUUCCAAUCAUUCCAAUGACAUUCGUGUCAGCAACUUUGAUGUGAAACAGGAUGUGCAGCAACGGUUUGCCUGUUUCAGUGAUGUUAUGUUCUCAGAAAUAGAUUCUCUUCAGAUGGUGGAAGCUUUGGAUGGUGCAGAUUUGUCUCCCAUUCAAGAGCAGCAUGUCCCUGCAGUAACUCUUAAUAGAUUAGAGCAAAGUAAGUCAGGAGUUAUAAAUGAUAAUUACUAUAGAUCAAGAGUAGAUAGGAUAGGUCAGGAUGUAAGUGUCCAAAUAAUUAAAUCUACUGGAGAAAAUAAUGACGAUCCAGUGAUGUGGUCUGGGGCAUCAUUUGAUUUAAGCCCAGGAAUACAAAGCUUUUUAGAUAGACUGGAAAGUGAUAAAACAAGUUUAACGAGUACAGAGUCAUCUGCUUCAAAGGAAAAGCACAUAGACUUAAAUGACCAGCAAGAAGUAACCUCUGCUUGGCUAGCACAGGGAAUGCCACCUUCUCCUAAUGGCAAAUCAGAAAACAACUUUGAAGUGUUGGAAAACAAUGCUAGGAUUCCAGCUUUUCAUGGUAAAACUUCAUCACCUUUGCUUUAUAAGGAAAGCAGCAUUAUUUCUGAUCAUCAUCUAGAGAGUCAUGCAUUUUUUCCUCCUUCACCCAUUUCUAUGCCACCUACCGAGCAUGGCCCAUCACGAGUCCUUGGAACAUCUGAAAAACUUGGGAAAAUCAAAAUGGCUUUACAUAGAGAUGAAAGUUACCCACUCAGUUCAGUAGCAGAUAUUGAAGACCAAGAUCUUAAACCACAAAAUGGAAAUAAUCAUAUGAAAAACUACAGUCCCUCUAAAGACACAGAUGUUUCACUGAAGUUUUCACAAGAUGUGUCCCAAUUAACUCUAGUCCCAUGUAGUACUGAGAUUUUGACCAUCAUUGACGUAGCAAGUGACCAAACUCUUUUUCAGACCUUCAUCAAAGAAUGGCAGUGCAAAAAGAGAUUUUCCAUUUCACUAGCUUGUGAAAAGGCUGUUCGCCCUAUAGGCCUCAAAUCAGUGGGUAUAGGUGGUAGAUUUAAGCAAGUAAGAUCACCUGAACUAAUCCCAGUUGCAGAUGAUGGGUUUCCUGUUAAAGGCCAUGAAGACAUCUUGUUGGUUGGACUGGCUGUGUGCUGGGGUGAAAGGGAUGCCUACUAUUUGUCACUGCAACAAGAAGAAAACCAUUCUGAAAUCAGUGCCACUUUAGCACCACCUUCUUUGGAUCCAAACCUGACUGUGAAUGAGAGACUAUGGCAACUUCAGGCUUGUUUGCAACAAAUCUCUGUGAAAGAACGUUCAGUUAUCAUCUACAACUUCAUCCAGAACUAUAAGAUACUUCUUCUGUCUUGUGGCAUUUCUCUGGCAGGAAGUUUUGAAGAUCCAAAGGUGGCCUGCUGGUUACUAGAUCCUGAUUCUAAAGAGCCAACACUGCACAAUAUAGUUACAAGCUUUCUUUCUCAAGAGCUACCAUUAUUGGAGGGGAUAGAAACAGGCCAAGGCAUUCAAAACCUGGGACUGAAUACCAGCGAUAACCACUCUGGCCGAUACAAAGCAGCCAUCGAAUCUAUUCUCAUCUUCAAUUCUAUGACCAGACUCAAUUUGCUGUUAGAAAAAGAAAAGCUACAAGAUGUUUUCUGUAAAGUGGAAAUGCCCUCCCAGUAUUGUUUGGCCUUACUGGAACUAAAUGGUAUAGGUUUUAGUACGGCAGAAUGUGAGAGUCAGAAACAUGUCAUGCAAGCCAAACUAAAUGCAAUUGAGGCUCAAGCCUAUGAACUAGUAGGUCAUAGCUUCUCCUUUACUUCUCCAGAUGACAUUGCUGAGGUUUUAUUUCUGAAAUUGAAGUUACCACCAAAUGGAGUUCAAGGAAACAAGAAAACUUUGGGUUCUACCAGAAGGAUGAUUACAAAUGGACGUAGUACCAAGAUAGGCAAGCAGUUCAGUACUAGUAAGGAUGUUUUAAACAAACUGAAGAUGUUACAUCCAUUACCAGGCUUGAUUCUAGAGUGGAGAAGAAUCACAAAUGCUAUUACCAAAGUUGUCUUCCCACUGCAGAGGGAAAAAUGUAUGAAUCCUGUCCUUGGAAUGGAAAGACUCUAUCCUGUAUCACAGACUCACAGUGCUACAGGUCGAAUAACUUUCACAGAGCCAAAUAUACAAAAUGUGCCAAGGGAUUUUGAGAUUGAGAUGCCAGCACCAGUUGGAGGCCCACCUUCUCAAGUACAAGGCAGAAGUUUCCCUUUCAGGAGCAGGUAGAAAAGUAAAAGCAAUUGUAAUAUAAAUUCUGGGUACCAGACACUAAUGGCUGAAAGAGUGAAAGACAAUGGGAAGCCAUUUUCUGUUAGUAUGAGACAUGCCUUUGUUCCUUUUCCAGGAGGAAUGAUUCUGGCUGCAGAUUAUUCUCAACUAGAACUGAGGAUCCUGGCUCAUUUAUCCCAGGAUUGUCGUCUCAUUGAGGUACUAAACAGUGGUGCUGAUGUGUUCAAGAGCAUUGCAGCAGAAUGGAAGAUGAUUGAUCCGGAGACAGUUGGGGAUGAUAUAAGGCAGCAAGCCAAGCAGAUUUGCUAUGGAAUAAUCUAUGGAAUGGGAGCUAAAUCUUUAGGAGAGCAAAUGGGCAUUCAAGAAAAUGAUGCUGCUUGUUAUAUUGAAUCCUUCAAGUCCAGAUACACAGGUAUUCGACAUUUCCUAAGAGAGACAAUAAAGAACUGCAACAGAGAUGGGUUUGUUCAGACCAUUCUGGGGAGGCGAAGGUAUUUGCCUGCAAUCAAAGACCCAAAUCCUUACAGCAAAUCCCAUGCUGAACGUCAAGCGAUCAAUACCACAGUCCAGGGGUCUGCUGCUGAUAUUGUCAAAACAGCCACUGUUAACAUUCAGAGACGAUUAGAGACACUCCCUUCUGUCAUCCAGUCACAUGGACAUAGAGAGAGUAAGCUACGUGGUGACCAGACAGGACUGAAGAAAGGAUUCCAAAGAAUAUUUUGCCCAAUAAGAGGAGCUUUUUUCAUCCUUCAGUUGCAUGAUGAGCUCCUUUAUGAGGUGGCAGAAGAUGAUAUUGUCCAGGUAGCUCAGAUUGUCAAGAAUGAAAUGGAAAAUGCAGUGAAGCUCUCAGUGAAACUGAAAGUCAAAGUGAAGAUAGGUCCGAGCUGGGGAGAACUAUAUGACUUGGAUGUGUGACUCUGGAAGGGAGGAGACUGCCCUUGGUCGGGGAUCUUGGUCCUUCUACAUGGCUGUCCUUUCUUGUUACAUGGAACUGCCCUCAGGAGGCCCAGCCACAACCAAAGUGACAGCAGCUAUUGGAUGAACCAGGUUAUUUUUAUAAAGGCUUUUUAAAAAGCAUUAUUACUUCACAUCUUAAAGGACCAUUUAUGAAUAGUGUUUUUAUGGAGGUACGUUACCACAUGGAUAUUGGGAUGUCAUGAUUUUUUGAAAAAAAAAUGAAUUUUCUUCAAAUGAAAUAGAAUUUAAUGAUUGUAACUCCUCACAAAAUGUCUAGGGAAAUUGCCUUUUAAAGAAUAAACACAGAGAAUUUAAUGGUCUCUCAGGAUUGUUAUUAUAUGAACAUAUUGCUAGUUAAAUUGGCUUAAUGCCAGAGACACUUGCUUGAAGAGGUGCUUAAGAAGCACCUAACACUCUGGUCUUUCUGAAUUGUCUCUGCUUGGGUAGAAAAGGAAGGGAGCUCUAUUAAGCUUCCUGGAAGGUAGCAAUUUUGUCCCAACACAUUUGGUUCACAUUUAGAGGAAUCUCUAAAUACCAGCAGCCUUGACCUGGGCUAAUACUGGGAACAGUAAAUAGAUAAGUAUUUAUUUUGCACAGUAGGGUUAAGCUUUUUGUGAUGUUUUUUAUCUAGAAAGAAGCAGUGGGGGUUGGGUAGGCAUUAUUUUAGGUAUUUAGUGAUUCCAAGCCUGCAGGAGUCUAAAUUAUGAAUUUUAAGACUGUGAAGGAAAAAAAUGAUGAAUGUUAUCUAAGAAUGUAUUUUCUUGAAAAGCUUUCUCUUCCUUCUAUGUAUUUAAAAUACUUGUCUUUCCUCUUAAUGGAGCCACACCUCUUAAAUUGCACUUGUUUUAGAAAGAAGCUUCUUUUUCAUUUGCAGCUCAGUUGAAUUCGACACUGAAAAUUUCCCAUUCUCAUUGUUGUCUUAGUACCUUUUCCCAUUCUAGAAUAGGGCUUUUUUUAAAUGUAAUUGAAAAUCUCAUGCUGAAAAGAUUGCACUUUAUACAGAGCCUCAAAAUUGGCCCUUUUCAUUAUUGAAAUAAAAUGAAUUUGUGAUGAA